CUUACCAUCUCCAACGUGACUGAAGUAAUAAUGUGUAGACUACUAAACUGUAAAACCCUUGAGCCACACCGCCGCCGUCUUUUUCCUCGGUACUCCGCUUCCUUCUUCUUUGCUACAAUCUUGAAACACAGAGCUCAGAUAGCUCGAACAAAAUAACCUUCCAUGGGACGAGCCAUCUCCUCCGUAGGGUUUAAGCGGAAGAGGAGAGGAAAUGUAUCUUUGCCGUCGAAGAAAUUCGAAGAGCAGAAAGGAGAAGAAACGCAGGUAAAGUCAAUUCAGGAAGCCACUUUAGUCCAAACUUCAACCCCUUCGAAUUCGGAUGCAAAUACCAGUAAGAGAAGUGUGAAUUUCAUCCUCGACGGCGCUGCAAUCAAGAAACUUCUGGUCAAAAAGAAGUGGAGGGUUGCUAAGUCUUUAGACGAUGAGGAAGUUAUUUUGAGGCAGAACAAGAAUGUUGAUGAUUAUCGGUGCGAUAUUGUGCAUGAGGCUUUGCGUGGCAUUUUGGACAGUCCACUGAACAAAUAUGAUAUGGUAGCAGCUAUUUUUGUCAAAAUUGAGGAUGGAGUGCUGUUUGAAGUUAAACCACAUGUUCGAAUACCCAGAACGUUGGAGCGGUUUUGCGGUCUCGUGUGUAAGCAGUAUAUCUCAGAUUUUUUUUUUCCUUUCUCUUUUUGUGUGUCAUACCUUUUAGUUCAGAAGCUCUAUUUCAACUCCAACGCAUUUUUCCUCACCUUCGCUGCAGCUACUUUGUUGGAGAAAAGAUGCAUUCGCAAUGAGGAAACACAUGACAUUCUACUCCGUGUCAUUGAAGAGCCUGUUACGAGAUAUUUACCCGAUAAUACUCGAAUUAUAGGUGUUGCUUUUGUGUACCGUAACUCUUGAAUUUAAUAAGGAACAUAUUGUGGUUAGUUUUUCAUAAAAAAUUAUUGAAGUAAAUUUAUUGAUUUUUGGUUUUAUGAUUUUAGGUCUUUCACAUAACUCCAAGAAGUUGAUAAAUGUAGAGGACUACCUUUCCGCAUCAAGCGACGAUGUGAACUUCACUUUUGUGGUAGUGCACCCUUUCGAACCUACAUAGCCAUGAGUGUUAUGUUCUGGCAUCAACGUUAUUUUCUGCAAUGCUUAAGCAUUCUUGUGAUUUUUACUGUCCAGGUGGGGGCAUCUGUGCAUAAAGAUAUAAACACUCAGUAUGCAGAUGAUGUCGUGGCAGGUAGAGACUAUCACUAGUUAAUUCAUCCUACUGAUUGGUUUAUUUGUGAUUGGUUCUUGUUGGGUGAAUUGACAUAAUUUAUUCCAUGAUACAUGCUUUUAUUUAAACUCGUGAAUGAAGGGUCUUCCUUUUAACAGACAUUUGUUAAUUUCGCUUGUCUUUUUGAAGGGAAUUUGCUAAUUGAGACAGUUGAAAAUGUUGUUUAUUACGGGCUAAGUGAACGAAAGCUAGUUUUGUUUACUAAUUAACUGAAAUCAAGAUGGUGUCAAGAAGAGAGAACAAAUUAGCUAGAGCAUUGCAUUAACAUGGAGCUAGUAUCAACAUAUUCCAUUUAUUAUUGACGGUGGAAGUCACACUUUUAAGAUAUUCCAUUGAGGAAAAAGAUCUUUGUGAUGUGAAGAGUUGCUGACUUUAGUUUCCGAUAAGUGAGGUGUUUCCCUAGAUGAUAGCUAUCAAUCUAUGUGUAGCUUUGUUUUAACUUUCUAUUUCCCCCCUUUUUGGGUUAUGAAUCACCUGCUCUUUGAUCAUGGUUAACUGCUCCUUUUAUUCCUUCGUAAUGUUUGAGUAUUAGACAAAGGGGUUAGAAAGUGUUUCCGUCUUAUUUGCAUACAAAUAUUCAAACGGAAGGCUAAGUUUGAUGAUUGCAUCUUAUCUUACACUCUAAUUGCUCCCCCAUAUUCCAAUCCACCUGAGGUCAACUUCUUGAAUUAUUUCUUGGUAAUCUUUUACUUGCUCCUUGCUCUUGGAGUUCAUGGUUUCAUUGCGGAUUCUAACCUACUUCAAUUGGCAUAUUGAAAGUUCUGUCUUUUUGUUGCAGUUUCGAACUACCCCUUGGGUGCUAAGGCGAUUAUUGGGAUGAUCUGCAGCGUGCUCGAGCAAAAAUGGAAUGCUUUUUGAUGUGAGAUUGCAAGGAAUAGAAUUCCUUUUGAUGCCUUGAGUAUCUAAUUUUUCUUUUACUCACAAUUUGUUGGGAUUAGCCAGUUCAGGUGAUUUAUGCUUAAUCACACCAUUGUGUGUCAAAAAAAAAAAGUGUAAAUUGUGUUAUUAUUGAGAUCUUGUAGUUCGAGUUAAAAUUUACACCAUUAUUGGUAAUGCAUCCAUUUGCAUUUAUAUUGUUAAGUUCAAGUGAAUGUAUUUUAAAUGUCUAAGAAGACAAAAAUGUGUGUACAAUUUUGUUAACGUAAAAGCUUGGCAAAAAUAAACAUAUUAAUUUUAAAUAUUUACUCCAGUUUGAAUAGGGCUGCAAAAGUUGAUGCUAUCGGACUAUCGGUAACAGCCCCCAGCGGGAAGAAGUUAAGUGCAAAGCUAGGGUUCAAUCCCUAAGCUAUUAACAUUAGGACAGAGAGUAACAUUUAAUUGUAUUUAUCAUUAAUCUUGGGAGAUUACUUUUAGUAUAAGUAUAUCUACUUUUCGUUUCAAUUUUAUUUUUCCUCUUAAAAUUUUCUCAGCUCCUGCUUUACUUGCAUUUUACUCCAACAAUGCAACAACUCACUUCUCUUAAUUACAAGACACUAAUGGCUUUUCACGUAUAAAUCGACAUAUGGGACAUUAUUAUUUCCAUUUUUUUUAAUUUUACGAAUCAAUAAUAAAUGAAAUGAGAUAUUUUUUUUGUGGUAG